AUGCCGUCGAAGAGGAAAAGACUGACAAUCGCCUCCCAAGAGGGCGCCCAGGGAUCCAGUUCCCCCAUCCCCGACACUACAAGGCCAAAGCAACGCCGUAUUCGCCAACUCGGCAUCCCCGAAGACCCUUCAUACGGAGACUUCUCGCUCGGUAAGCUCCCGACACUUGACGCCAACGCCGAGUGGGCGAGGACACAAGACUCCAGUCUUAGGGCCGAGCCGUCCUCAAUCCUAGGGCGCACCGAUCUACGUCUGGAUCAAUUCCACGCAGAUCACGACUACCGUCUGGAACAGGAGGUGGAUGUGAAUGACUACACACUUACCGGUGACGCUAGUGACCGAACAUCUCGAACAACGAUGCAAGCAGGCCGCGAUACCUGGAAGCGACCUCUUAGGGCUCAACGGCCCCCCUUGAACGUGCUUAACCUAGAGAAUCGGUCCACCCCUGUUGGGCCUCGAGAGAUCCUCUUGCACGACCUCCGCAAAUGA